GUCCGAAAUCGGAGAGAGAUUUGAAGGUUUGAAGAAGCUGGUCUAAGUACCUAAAUUACCUAGUAGGUACCUAGCUGCAUGGUAGGUAAGACGCGAUUGACCCACACUCAGGAACCUCUUUAAGAUUUCCCCUUUAUAUAGUUAACAUAACUGAAAUUCUUCCUAUUUCCUAGGUAAAUGCCAACCUAAGAGGGCAACUCCGCUAUAAUUCACCGUAAUUCAGACUUUAGAUUACAAUGAGAUGUAUACACCUUUUUAUAGAGUCAGAGCGGGAAGCAUCCGUAUGUGGGUCACAAACGCGUCGACAAGUCCCGACGUGCGACAAUCACGCGAUGGUAAGAAAGAGUCUAAGUUAGGGUUAGCGAAAUGAUGAUAAGGAGUAGCUUGUGGAGAUUUGGCCCGAGCAGCAUGCACGAACCCCCAUAGCAGCCCGUAGUUCCCGUCGUUUGCUUCUUUAAGGUCCUAACCUAGGUAGUUGCCCAGUAGCCUGGGUAACCUAGCAACCCGGGAAACUGCAAACAGACAGACUUCAGAUAAGAACUGCCAAAUAUUUUUCUUUUCUUAAAUCGGCUUUCCAAAUCUUACCUUACCACUUAACAACUUUCCAAUCUUAAGACGGGAAACCACAUAGAAGCACAUACGCGUAUCAUCAUCGUAACUUAUCAUCGCCAACAAUGUCUUCUGCUUUUGUUCAGCGCCCGGCUCCGGCCUUCACUGCUACUACCGUCUUCCCUGGUGGCGAGUUCAAGGACAUUUCCUUGUCGGAUUAUCUUGGUCAAUGGGUCGUCCUUCUCUUCUAUCCUCUUGAUUUCACAUUCGUCUGCCCGACCGAGAUCAUUCAAUACAACGAUGCCCUGCCGCGCUUCCGGGCCAUCAACACUACCGUCCUUGGUGUAUCAACCGACUCUCACUUCUCCCAUCUGGCCUGGACUGAGAGACCUCGCAAGCAGGGUGGCCUGGGCUCAGACUUAGAGCUGCCUCUGGUGGCAGACAAGUCGCACAAGAUCUCUCGCAGCUAUGGCGUUCUGAUCGAGGACGAGGGUGUCGCCCUACGCGGUCUCUUCAUCAUCGACCCCAAGGGUGUUUUGCGACAGAUCACCGUUAAUGAUCUUCCCGUCGGACGCAACGUCGAAGAGACAAUCCGACUUGUUCAGGCGUUCCAAUUCACCGACGAGCACGGCGAGGUCUGCCCGGCAGGCUGGCAAAAUGGCAGCAAGGGAAUGAAAGCCGAUCCCAAGGGUAGUCUAGAGUACUUUGCUGCUCAGGAUGCUUCGGCUGAGAAUGGUCAUGUCAAUGGAAAUGGCGAGUCUAAGAAGCGAGCCAGAGUGGAUUAGACCACGAGGGCUACUUAUGGAGAAAUUGGAGAAGCAGAGACCACUGACGUAAGUGGUCUAGAUGGCUACCUAUGUACAUUAGAUUCUUACGAAUCAGGCUCUGGCGAUGCCUUAAUACCGGACAGGAGUAAUUAGACCGUGCGUUCUAUCUUUCAGGGGAGCGUGAGCUCUUCCAUGAAGCACAUAAUAGCAAACCUUAUCAUAUUCCAGUCUUGGGUGUUGCCGUGGUGCAUGCUCUACCAGUCAGG